AGCAACAGUCUGGAGAAGCGUCGCUUCCCCGCGCGCACGCUCGACAGCGAAGGAGGUCACUGUUUGGAGAUUAUUUAUCUUUUGGCUGACUGACGAGUAAGUGAAGUUACAGAUGAUUAUUUGGAGAGUUUACCGGUUUAGAGCGUUUUAAACGUUACCGUGUCAACGUCUCGGACUAAGUUUAUACUGGUUCAAGAUGAUGAGUCGGAUCGUGUUUUUUAAUCUCUCAUAGUCCAGCGACAGGUACGGGACAACACGCGCGGGUUUUCGCUUCCUCUUCAUCUUGGCCGUGAACUUCUCAACUGUGCUCAUUUGAACUCCGCUGCUCAAGAGCCCGUCAUGCCAGCGAAGAGGCAGAAGUUGCGUCCGUGGCUCCUGGACAAGAUCAACUCCAGGAGCAUCUCGGGUCUGACCUGGAUUGACAAGGAUAAGACCAUGUUCACCAUCCCCUGGAAACAUGCCGCACGCCACGGCUGGGAGAUGAGCAAGGACGCGUGUCUGUUCAGAGACUGGGCCCUCCACACCGGGAAGUACGUGGAGGGCCAGGUGGAGGACCCCAAGACGUGGAAAGCCAACUUCCGCUGUGCCAUGAACUCCCUGCCCGACAUCGAGGAGGUGAAAGACCGCAGCGUUAACAAGGGUCACAUGGCCGCACGGGUCUACAGGAUGCUUCCGGUGAAGCGCAGAGUUCGCCGGGAAAGACGCGGGAGAGGCACGGACAUGAAGAGAAAGACAAAGGUGAAGGUAGAGGAAGAGGACGACGACAUGGAUGCACAGUCCUCUACAAGUCAGUCGCAGACAGACGACGACUUCUCACCUCAGGAAAACAGACCUGACAGCACAGAACCCCUGAACAUCCCAGACAUGAGCACCGAGGUUCCCGACUUGGGCCUUUCCGUGGAGAUUGAAUCUGGUGUUGAUGAAAUCUACAGCGACAGAUUUCAGGUUUCUCCUGAAAGCAGCAACGACUGCCCCUUCUACACAAUUCUCAAGAUUUGCGAGGACCUACACAAGGACUCGCCGUGGAACCACAGCAACCAGACUAACACGGGCUGCUUCAGCCCAAGUGGAAGUGACUCCUCAGUGGACGACGUCUACGGUCCAAACUACAUGACUCUGAAUUCAAACAUCUUCCACAAUUGACCACACCACAUCCCCAUCAUCCCGCUUCAGACUCCACCACUAAUGCCGUCCGUCCUCAACACUGGGUAACAAAAGGGUCGUGGUCUGACAUGAAGACUCUGCACAUAGCUGUGAAUAUGCUUUUAUAAUAAAAUAACAUUUAA